UGUUAAAAAUUGCUUUGAAAUGGAGUGUGAAAUACAUGUGCACAUUUCAGGAACAAAUGCUGAAUCUACCAGUCUCAUCCUUGACCAAUGGUUCACAGUAUGUAAUUGAUGUUGCUAUUAACAUGUAAUAACCAUAUCCUACAGUUUAUAGCCCAACGGUAUAGUCACUGGAUGGUUCAAAGAGAUGCCUCGCGGUAACUUCAAUGUUUAUUUUGCAAGCAGAGGAGGACCCCAUGUCAGGACCGAAGAGGCAGCAGGCAUAGUUCUGUUGGUCUUCAUACUUGCAGCUCUUCUCAUCCUCGGAUGCUGGUAUUUUAGGAGGAGAUGCGGGUACAAAAUGAUUAGGAGCCCAAGAUCAGGGUCCCUGCCAGGAUUCAGUGGAGGACAGUUCAACGAGAGAGGAGCCACAGCAGAAAACAAGAUGGGCCUCAGUGACCUCCGACCUUUGGUUCCCAAUGCCCCUCCUGCAUAUGAGACGAUAUCAUCAGGACCCCUACCUCCUCCCUACUCCCCCUAAUAACAACAGUCCUCUGUGGAUAACCAAAAAGAUGAAAACUAUUAACUUAAUGUGUUGUCUUAUUUCAACUCUAUAUCAAUGAAGAAAAAGCUUUUGAUAAAUACUAUUAGCACUCUAUAUUUACAAUUACACGAUUUACUAUAUUUUACCAUAUUUUAUGGGUUUUUUCCUAUCUUGUAUUUUUUUUUAUGUGUAUUUCUCCAAAACUUGUUGUGUGUGUUAUGUGUUCCUCAAGGUUAUAUUUCUGAAGGUUCAGCAAACAAGACCCUUCUAUCAAUACUUGAAUAACAGUAUAUUAACCGAUUACAACAAAGUCGUACUUAGGAAAUUGCUUGUUCAUUUAAGAUAACCAACGUUAAAAAAAAAGUAUAUCUGCAAUUGAGAAUCCAUAGUAAUUUAAAGACAAUAAUGUCGGCUUGAUCGUUGGCUAAGUAUUUCAACAUGUACUUAUGAAAGGAUUUGAAAAUGAUGCAAUGGUUAUCCCUAUAAAAUUCUGCAGACACAUUUCAAUAAAAAUAUAAAGUUUACCAAGGGUCUAAUUCAAAUGAACACCACAAAACCCUCUAUGGAGGACAGUUACACCAGUUACUUCCAAGCAGAAAUGUCCACAGUUAUGCAAUGAAAAUGGACCAACUAAAUACUUAGAAAAAUCUUUAUGGUAGGAAAAAUAUAUAUAAAUAUAUAUAUG